ACCUUCCAUGUUUUGUUUUCAUGGUGGAAACGGGUAGAAUUCCACCGGAUGAGGAGGUGGAGGACAUUCCACCCAGAGAAGUUGACUGGUUACUUGAAUUCUGCCCUUAGGUGGUGGUGGCUGGUGGAGCACAACCUGCUGUUAUAGUAUGGCUGAUAGAAGCGAGAAUAACAAGCAGGAAUCAUAGAUCAUAUAAAGAAAACAGUCAUGGAUGGAUCCCCACCAAACCCUGUUUUUGAUCCGACUUUUAACAGGCUUGUAGGCAACUCUGCAUUAUCUCGUCCCUCACUAAGUCAAACAUCCUUUGACCUCCGGACGUGUUCACGGCCAAUAUAUCCCUUGUUGUUUCAGCUUCAGCCGUGAAUACGUACCGUGGCAUAUGGUUUCCUUAUGCCAGAAGCUACGAAGCUCUACCUCAACCAACACAGAGAGAGAGAGGAUCAGAGUAGGUGGCGCACCAGCUACCGCCGCGGCUGGAGAGGGUGUUGAGAGCAAGAAGAAGACACCGCCCAAAGACCGAUGAUCCUUUUCAUCGAGGACGAAGCAUGAAGAAGAACACAGAGAAGCUGUUCUUCAAGUGCACCAGAUGGCAGGUGGAAGAAACCACCGAUCUGGUCAACUGCCCCUACCAUUACUUCUGCGACAGCGCCUACGAAGGAGACUACCCGCCCGCCGUCGACCUGUCGGUGCUGCUCUUCGCCGUUUCGUGCUUCCUCUCAGCCACCGUCUUCACCCUCGUUGAACUCAGAUGCAGGCGGAGCUCCGUGGAUGUCAGCAACGGAAGAAGGUGGAAGAGAAGAUACCUGUUGCCUUCCGGUCCGAUUGCGCUUCCUUUGCUCGUCCUAAUCUUCGCAAACGGGCGCAGGAUCGGCACCAUAUUCCCUCUGACACACGUCGGUCCCGCCCUCCUCCAGCUCGCCUAUGUCUCAGCCCUGGCUUUCAGAAAUCGCGCCGCCACCGACAUCAAGUACGCAGUGCUCGAAGCUUCGACUGUUUCAGGAAUUCUGCAUGCCAGCCUGCACCUGGAUUCCGUCCUCUUGCCUUACUACACAGGGUUGGCAGCUCUGAGACAGUCUACUUUGUCCGGCCUGUGUGCAUCAUGCGUGUGCCGUAGGGAGGCAUUGGUACUCGGAGGAAGCCUGAUUGGCUACAGAGGAUGGUCCAAGACUACAGUGUCGACGGCCACUGCUCUGUGUUCCAGGAUGGCGUGCAGGAUUUACGGAGAAGAAAAGCUGAGCUCCGUGAUUAGGAUGACACUGGAAGCAACAAGCUGGCUUCUGGUUGCAGCGGACUCCUUGGAUCUGAUGGUGGUAGCUGUUGCACAAGGGAGCCGGUUUCGUAUGAUGGUUUAUGGAGGGCUUUGUGCUCUGAUCUUGCUCAAUUUCCUCAGGUUGGUGGUUCAUCUCUCGGCUCGGGCAGCAGCAAAAAUGCAUCACACUGAGAAGAAGGUAGAAUUUUUGUUAUGAUGAUGUUCGAAUGGCACAGUGAGGAGAAAAAUUAUACAGAAUACUUCAAGCAUAUUGCUACAGAUUUGUGCAAACUUGUACAUUGACAAAAGAAAAAAGAUCUUUGAUAUAGU